AUGAAAAGGAUACACUUCCGCUUCCGGGGCACCUGCCGCGUACUUUCAGUGCUUUCGCUGAAAGGGUUUACUGCGAUGUUUCUUUGCUUCGACUGGCUUUGGGACAUUCCGUUUCCUAUUGCCCAAUCACUGCGGCAGCAAAGUGGCAGUACAGGAUGUUCUCUAGGGAUGCGAUCUCAGGAAAUCCGGCCUCGAGAAGUCACCUUACAAAGUGACUGGGCAGUGCACUGCCAGCUGAAAGGAGAAUCAUGAGAGAUGCAAUUCAAAGUAGGGUUUCGUCCCCAGGCGCACGUGUGAACACCAACAAGGGGCGGGGCUUAGGGAUUUCGCAGCCCGGUGAGGCGGGUUCCGCCGUGUCGGAUCUGGAGUGGAGACCGCUCUCUGCUUGCGCGUGCGCAUUGCGAACCUUCCCCGACGCUGUUUUCUGCUCCAAGAUGGAAUUCCGCUCCGCGCGGCAAGCGAUAAUGCAGCUGCUACGUACGGUGGCUCCGGCAGACCUCCCAGCGCUGCUCGAGUGGAUGAGAACUACCCGAGAUUUUGAUGAGUUCACUCAAGAUAAUAAUGACAUUAUGUUGAAAAACAUAGCAGAAGACCUUCGGAAUUGCUUACCUCUAGAAACCAUGCUUUCCUCAGAACAUCUAGCGCUCCAAAAAAUACAGCAGCAGCCAGAACCCACAGUUCACGUUGAUGCAUUCCUUUAUGAUGAAGACUUUAUUGAUUCAUUAUGUGAGGAAGGAAAAAUGAGCAGAAACUACUGUAUGGUGUGUGGCUCACACCAGACUGCACCUUUAGGAUUUAUUUCUCAUUCCUUCUCCCUCAUGGAAUUGAAGUUCAUUUAUCAUCAUGUCCUCCCUGAUCUGUCGGGAAAGGUCUUGGUUGACGUUGGCUCCAGGCUUGGCACAGUCCUUUAUGGGGGUUAUCUUUACAGUUCAGCAUUGCAACUAUAUGGAGUAGAAUUGAAUGGAGAUUUUUGCCAGUUGCAGGAAAUGGUUAUUAAAAAAUACCAGUUCACUGACAGAAUAAAGGUGCUUCAUGCAGACAUCUGUACCCAAGGUUCACUUCUGCAAAAUGCUGAUGUUAUUAUAAUGAAUAACGUCUUCGAAUAUUUUCUUGAUGAGGCAGAACAGGCCAGAGCCUGGGAAUAUAUCAGCCAUAAUGUAAGGAAACAAGGAUCCUUAUUAGUAACAGUACCAAGCCUUGAAGAUUCUCUCUCAAGUCUUCAGAUUAAUAUACAGUUAUCUCCCUGGGUUGAAGAGGUACCAUUGAACUACGAUGUAUACCCAGAAAAGCAUAUUGACAGAGAAGCUCUUGAACAAAUUCAUUUGUAUAAGAUUCUGUGACAUUAAAAUAGUCCUAUCUCAGUGU